AGGCCGCCCCGGGCCUUCGCGCCCCCGCGCCCCCCGCCACUGGGGCCGGGCUGAGGUCGAGCAGGGGCGCGGGGCCUGCGCCAGGAGUCGGCCGGGCACGCUCCGUGCCGGGCCUCCGCGGGCAGCGCGCGUCGGGGGCUGCAGGGCCGAGGGCGCGUCUCCGCCGUGGCUGCGCGCUGCGAUCGGGGGCCGCCGGGCCGCGCCCGCCCCGCCUCCCCUCCCAGCAGCUCACGGGAGAGGUUCCCGGCCGCCCCGACGCUAACGCUCUUUCUCCCUUCAGCAGCCAGCCAGCUCUGUGUCAGGGUCGGGGGGUGCAGAAAGUCAGGACAGAAUGAGGGAUAGCUCGGCCCCCAGCUCGGCCUCCUCGUCAGUGACAGAUCUGUACUGCACCCCUCACAGCAGUAGGUCAGACCUCGUCCUGCCCGGCACGGCCGGGGACUUCAGCCUGAGCGCCAGCCUGUCGGCCUGUACGCUGCUCUACGAGGGGGCUGUGGAGCCCAUGCAGAUCGACGUGGACCCCCAGGAAGACCCGCAGAAUGCACCCGACGUCAACUACGUGGUGGAGAACCCCAGCCUGGAUCUGGAACAGUACGCGGCCAGCUACAGCGGCCUGAUGCGCAUCGAACGGCUGCAGUUCAUUGCUGAUCACUGCCCCACGCUGCGGGUGGAGGCCCUGAAGAUGGCCCUCUCCUUCGUGCAGAGAACCUUUAACGUGGACAUGUACGAGGAGAUCCACCGCAAGCUCUCAGAGGCCACCAGGUCCUCUCUCAGGGAGCUGCAGAACGCACCCGACGCCAUCCCUGAGAGCGGCGUGGAGCCCCCACCCCUGGACACGGCCUGGGUGGAGGCCACACGGAAGAAGGCCCUGCUGAAGCUGGAGAAGCUGGACACAGACCUGAAGAACUACAAGGGCAACUCCAUCAAGGAGAGCAUCCGGCGCGGCCACGACGACCUGGGCGACCACUACCUGGACUGUGGGGACCUCAGCAACGCCCUGAAGUGCUACUCCCGGGCCCGGGACUACUGCACCAGCGCCAAACACGUCAUCAACAUGUGCCUCAAUGUCAUCAAGGUCAGCGUCUACUUGCAGAAUUGGUCUCAUGUGCUCAGCUACGUCAGCAAGGCUGAGUCCACCCCAGAGAUUGCCGAGCAGCGAGGAGAGCGUGACAGCCAGACCCAGGCCAUCCUCACCAAGCUCAAGUGUGCCGCAGGCUUGGCAGAGCUGGCCGCCAGGAAGUACAAGCAGGCUGCCAAGUGCCUCCUGCUGGCUUCCUUUGAUCACUGUGACUUCCCUGAGCUGCUGUCCCCCAGCAACGUGGCCAUCUACGGUGGCCUGUGCGCCUUGGCUACCUUUGACCGGCAGGAGCUGCAGCGCAAUGUCAUCUCCAGCAGCUCCUUCAAGUUGUUCUUGGAGCUGGAGCCACAGGUCCGAGACAUCAUCUUCAAAUUCUAUGAGUCCAAGUACGCCUCAUGUCUCAAGAUGCUGGACGAGAUGAAGGACAACCUGCUCCUGGACAUGUAUCUGGCCCCCCAUGUCAGGACCCUGUACACCCAGAUUCGCAACCGUGCCCUCAUCCAGUAUUUCAGCCCCUACGUGUCAGCCGACAUGCAUAGGAUGGCGGCAGCCUUCAAUACCACGGUGGCCGCCCUGGAGGAUGAGCUGACGCAGCUAAUCCUGGAGGGGCUGAUCAGUGCCCGUGUGGACUCACACAGCAAGAUCCUGUACGCCCGGGACGUGGAUCAGCGCAGCACCACCUUUGAGAAGUCUCUGUUGAUGGGCAAGGAGUUCCAGCGCCGUGCCAAGGCCAUGAUGCUGCGGGCAGCUGUGCUCCGCAACCAGAUCCAUGUCAAGUCCCCGCCCAGAGAAGGGAGCCAGGGGGAGCUGACUCCAGCCAACAGCCAGUCCCGGAUGAGCACCAACAUGUGAGGGGUGAACCUUGGCCUCCAGGACAUCUGCACCCCCUCCCCACCUCCACGGACCUCCUGACCUCCAGGCGGCUCAGUGCUGCCUGCGGCCCAGCUAAGGGGCCUGGCCACUGGGUGCCACCCAGCCUGUGUGCCCUCGCUGGGGCUGAGGAGGCAGGCGGCUGCUAGUUGUGGCCCUUCCUGGAAGGAGAGGCCUGCAGGGCUCGACCCUGUGGGUUUCUGUCCCCAGGGAGCAGACUGUGCGGCACCCAGGCCCAGUGGCACCAUUUCCCAGACCCCUCCUGUUCCCGCCUCAGUCAGGUGCAGACAAGUGGGCGGUGUCCAUUAAAGAGCAGACUCAGCGUU